GUCGUGAGAUACAUCAGUCAUGGAUAGAGUCCUCCUCCUUUGUGUGAUACUGUUUUUGGUACGAUGCUGCAAUGUGGCUAUCUCAGCUGAUGCAACCAUUCCAAAUAUUGCAACAGAUCAAUCUGCUCUUCUUGCCUUAAAGUUUGGUAUUUCUCAUCCCGACCCUGUUCAUAAUAUUCUAGCGAGCAAUUGGUCGACCAACACAUCUGUUUGCAGUUGGAUUGGUGUUACUUGUGGUUCUAAACAUCACCGAGUCAUAGCCUUGAACCUUUCUUACAUGGGUUUUGAGGGUACCAUUCCUCCACAGAUAGGAAACCUUUCAUUUCUUGUUAGUCUAAGACUAACAAACAAUAGUUUUCAUGGCUCUGUGCCCAAUGAGUUGUCUCGUCUUUACCGGUUGAAAAACUUGGACUUUGGAUUCAACAACUUCAGUGGAGAAAUCCCAUCAUCUUUGGGACUAUUGUCUAAACUUCGAGAUUUGUUUCUAUCAGGCAAUAGAUUCACAGGUGCUAUCCCACAAUCCUUAUCGAACAUGUCUUCCUUGGAAAGGAUUGGUUUGGCCUUCAAUGGGUUCUCGGGUUAUAUACCUUCCUCCCUCUUCAACAUAUCUACCUUGCAAGAUAUUGAUCUUGGAGAUAAUAAGCUUUCGGGCCCGAUGCCUUCUAUUUUGUUUAACAUGCCUUCCCUGCAAAAGAUUGAUCUCUACUCCAACGAGCUCUCGGGGAGACUUCCAACGGAUACGUUUGAUCAUCUUCCCAACUUACAAUGGCUUCAAAUUUCUCAUAACAGAUUUUAUGGCGGACUUCCAUCCACUUUGUUCAGCAGCAUACAACUGCAAUAUUUGUCGGUGCGGGCUAAUAAUUUCACCGGAAGAGUACCGCCGACAAUCGGAAACUUAACCAUGCUUAGGACUUUGUACCUUGCCGAAAACAACUUUGCUGGUGGAAUUCCGAAUGAAAUUGGUUAUCUACAAAACUUGGAGAAGCUCAAUAUCGGAGACAACCAUUUCUCUGGACCAAUUCCGUGUGAGGUUUUCAAUAUCUCAACACUACAAAUCAUUGUAAUGCCUUUGAAUAAUCUCUCUGGUCCUCUCCCAUCAAAUCUAGGCCUUUUCCUUCCAAAACUUCAGUGGCUUCUGCUUGGGGGAAAUUUACUCAAUGGAACAAUUCCCAGCUCCAUCUCCAAUGCAUCACAACUCACCCAUCUAGACUUGCCUACGAACUCAUUCUCUGGCUUCAUUCCUAAUACAAUUGGUUAUUUAGGUCUCCUCCAGCAUCUCAACUUAGAAAUCAAUAAUUUGACUAUCGGAUCUCCAGAAAUGAAUAGCCUUCUCUCAUCUUUGUCAAAUUGCAAAUAUCUGGAAAUAUUAUCUUUUACAGAAAAUCCACUAAAUGCUAUCCUUCCCAAUUCCAUUGGAAAUCUCUCCACUUCACUUCAGGAAAUUUUAAUGGGUGGUUGCAAUAUCAAGGGCAGCAUUUUCCAAGAUAUUGGCAAUUUAAGCAGCUUGACAAGUUUGGACUUAGGGAACAAUGAGUUGGUUGGACCGAUUCCAACUUCACUGGGGAAAUUGGGAAUGCUCCAAGGUUUGUACCUGGAUUAUAAUAGAUUGCAGGGUCCCAUCCCAUCAAAUCUUUGUCAUUUAAAGAGCUUGUUUGAGUUAUAUUUAGGAGGCAAUGAGAUAGUUGGACAAAUUCCUGGAUGCAUAAAUAAUCUAGCUUCGCUAAGAUACCUCCACUUAGGCUCAAGCAAAUUAACUUCUACAGUUCCUUUGAGCUUGUGGAAAUUGACAGAUUUAUUGGAGGUUGACCUAUCAUCGAAUUCUCUAAUUGGCCCCCUCUCAUUAGAGCUUGGAAAUUUGAAGGUACUGAGAAACUUGGAUUUAUCAAACAAUCGAUUAUCAGGUGAUAUUCCGAUGACAAUUGGUAGUCUCAAAGAUCUACAUAAUCUCUCCUUAGCAGGAAAUCAAUUAGAAGGUUCAAUUCCUAAAUCAUUCGGUGAUUUGGUAAGCUUGGAGCUCUUGGAUGUUUCCGGUAAUAAUUUAUCUGGAGAGAUUCCCAAAUCCUUAGAAGCACUCAUAUAUCUUAAAUAUCUAAAUGUCUCAUUCAAUAGACUACGAGGAGAAAUUCCUACAAAAGGACCAUUUGUAAACUUCUCGGCUGCAUCAUUUAUGUCAAAUGAUGCACUUUGUGGUGCUCCAGAAUUGAAAGUUCUCCCCUGUAAAAGAGAUGCUUCUCGAUCAAAAAAGUCCAGAAUAAGGCAUAUACUAACAUUUUUACUACCUGCAGUUGGAUUAACAUUAAUACUUGUGGCAGCAACCCUUGUAUUAAUCUCAAAAAAACGCCAAAAGAAGUCAACAGAUUCGGUAGACUUGUCUCCUUUAGCACCAUGGAGAAGAGUUUCUCACCAAGAGCUUCUACGAGCAACAGAAGGGUUUAAUCCAAAUAAGUUGAUUGGAGAAGGGAGUUUUGGGUCUGUGUACAAAGCAACAUUCUUGGAUGGUAAGAAUUUUGCAAUAAAAGUUUUGAAUUUGCAAAUAGAAGGGGCAUUUCAUAGCUUUGAUGUAGAGUGUGAAGUACUAAGUAAUAUUCGUCAUCGAAAUCUUGUCAAAAUCAUUAGUGCUUGCAGUAACAUAGACUUCAAAGCCAUUGUAUUGGAAUACAUGCCUAAUGGGAACUUGGAGACUUGGCUUUAUUCUGAUGACCGCUUUUUGAGUAUGUUACAAAGGCUAAACAUAAUGAUUGAUGUGGCAACAGCACUAGAAUACCUUCAUUUCGGUUACUCGAAAACUAUUGUGCAUUGUGAUUUGAAGCCUAACAAUAUACUGUUGGAUGAAGAUAUGGUUGCACAUGUUGCUGAUUUUGGAAUAGCCAAGCUCUUAGGAGAUGAGGAUCUUAUAAAGCGAACCAUGACCCUUGCUACUAUUGGGUAUAUGGCACCAGAGUAUGGAUCCGAAGGGAUUGUUUCUGCAAGAGGCGAUGUGUAUAGCUAUGGCAUUUUACUUAUGGAAACUUUCACGAGAAAGAAGCCUAUAGAUGACAUGUUUGUUGAAGAGAUGAACUUGAAGCGCUGGGUUGAGGAAUCUCUAGUUGUCUCCAUAGUCAAAAUCAUUGAUGCCAGUUUGCUGGGAGACGAAAGGUAUGAUGCAGCUACGAUGGACACAGUAUCAUCCAUCAUGGGACUAGCUUUGGACUGUUGCGUAGAUUCACCUGAAGAGAGGAUCAAUACAAGAAGUAUUCCAAUAGCACUCAACAAGAUCAAAUCCAAGUUUCUGCAAGAUCUUCAAAGAACGGCCUGAUCAUUUUAGAUAUAUCAUGUUGAUCUGCUUAUAAAUUUUUCUGCCACUCUUCAUUAUAAGUUUAUGUUUGUUCCUUUCCAAAUAUUACAACAGUCACUCCCAUGCAUCUUUAAGAUAUAUAUAUUUGUUUUGUGUGGCCA